AUGGAACGAUUUGGAGAUGUUGAUGCCUUGGAUGAUAAUGUAGAAUCAUUUUUAUCAAAUGAUGGCGGAGAUGGUGGAAAUCUCUAUGGGACAGUGAAACAAAGCCCGGCUGAGCAACAGAAAGAGUCUUCAAAAGGUUUCACCUUCGCAGAAUUUGGUAGCAUGAGAGCAAGGAACAGCAAAGUUACUUGUUGUCACUUUUCUUCAGAUGGAAAGUGGCUUGCCAGUGCUGGAGAUGACAUGAAGAUUUCCGUCUGGAGCAUGGACACUUUAAAGACAGAGAACAGUCCUGCAGAACACAAAGCAGUUAUUACAGAUGUCCGUUUCAGACCAAAUUCACUUCAGUUGGCAACCGCCUCAAUUGAUAAAUCUGUUCGGUUAUGGGACACAACCAAUCCUACCCGUUGUGUGCAAGAAUAUAGUGGGCACUCUUCAGCUAUAAUGUCUCUUGAUUUUCAUCCUAAAAAGACUGAACUUUUCUGCUUCUGUGAUGGAGAAAAUGAAAUUCGGUAUUGGAAUAUCAAUUCUUCCACCUGCUCCCGUGUAACUAAGGGAGGUAAUACACAAGUGAGGUUUCAGCCUAGACUGGGGCAUUUACUAGCAGCAGCUUCGGAUAAAGGAGUGUCAAUUUUUGAUGUUGAAGCUGACACAAAAAUUUACUCCCUGCAGGGUCAUCCUGAACCAGUGAGCUAUAUUUGCUGGGAUGCGAAUGGUGAAGCCUUGGCAUCUCUGAGUCUUCAAAUGGUAAAGAUUUGGAGUUUGAACUCGGGAGAAUGCAUUCAGGAGAUCAGCUCCACUACUAGCCAAUUUCAUUCCUGUGUUUUUCAUCCGAGUUAUUCAACUUUGUUGGUGAUUGGAGGAUAUUCGUGCUUAGAGUUAUGGAACAUGAGCGAGAACAAAAGCAUGACAAUAUCUGCACAUCAAAAUGUAGUAUCCAGCCUGGCUCACUCUACUGUCACUGGAAUGGUUGCCUCUGCAAGUUUUGACAACUAUGUAAAGCUGUGGAAAUAA